AUGGGUUCCCUCAGCACAGCAAACGUUGAAUUCUGCCUUGAUGUGUUCAAAGAGCUGAACAGUAACAAUGUAGGAGAUAAUAUCUUCUUUUCCCCACUGAGUCUGCUUUACGCUCUCAGCAUGGUCCUCCUUGGUGCCAGAGGAAACAGUGCAGAACAAGUGGAAAAGGUGCUUCAUUUUAGUAAUAAUGUAGAAUCAGUAAAGCCAGAGUUUAAGGACUCAUCUAAGUGCAGCCAAGCUGGAAGAAUUCAUUCAGAUUUUGGGGUCCUAUUCUCUCAAAUCAACCAGCCAGACUCUAACUAUACUCUCAGCAUUGCCAACAGACUGUACGGCACGAAGACAAUGGCAUUCCAUCAGCAAUAUUUAAGCUGUUCUGAGAAAUUGUAUCAAGCCAGGUUGCAAACAGUUGAUUUUGAACAGUCUACGGAAGAAACGAGGAAAACUAUUAAUGCUUGGGUUGAAAGUAAAACUAAUGGAAAAGUCACAAACCUCUUUGGAAAAGGCACAAUUGAUCCUUCCUCUGUAAUGGUCCUGGUGAAUGCCAUAUAUUUCAAAGGACAAUGGCAAAAUAAAUUUCAGGAAAGAGAAACUGUUAAAACCCCUUUUCAGCUAAGUGAAGGUAAAAGUAUAAUUGUGGAAAUGAUGUAUCAAACUGGAAUGUUUAAACUGGCCUUCAUAGAGGAGCCGCAGAUGCAAGUUCUUGAGCUGCCCUAUGUUAACAACAAACUAAGCAUGAUUAUUCUGCUUCCAGUAGGCACAGCUAAUCUAGAACAGGUGGAAAAACAGCUGAACGUGAGGACGUUUCACGAGUGGACCAGCUCUUCUAACAUGAUGGAAAGAGAAGUUGAAGUACAUAUCCCGCGGUUCAAACUUGAGAUCAAGUAUGAGCUAAAUUCCCUGUUAAAAUCCCUAGGGAUGACAGAUGUCUUCAAUCAGAUCAAAGCUGAUCUUUCUGGAAUAUCACCAGCCAAGGGCCUGUAUUUGUCGAAGGUCAUCCACAAGUCAUACGUUGAUGUCAACGAAGAGGGCACCGAGGCGGCGGCAGCUGCUGGGGACAGCAUCGCUGUCAAAAGACUCCCCCUCCGAGCUCGGUUCCUGGCCAAUCACCCCUUCCUGUUCUUUAUAAGGCACAUUCAUACCAACACAAUUCUCUUCUUUGGCAAGCUCGCCUCUCCAUAA